GGUGUUUACAGUGUGGAGCAGACGACGGCUGACCGCAAUGCAGUAGUGUUGAGCUCCUCUCCCAUGGCUGCCUAGCCCGUUACCUCAACACUUUGCUUUACCCCGGCGUGUUUCACAACCCACAAUGCUUGAAGUAACAAAUUUACGAAAUGGUGAGGUGCUUCCACACCGGCUAUGCCUUUUACGUGUGGUGGGAACACAGCCAGAAGCCACAUGUGCUGCUAUCCACAACCAGAGUGACAACAGCAGAAAUGGAGCAUUAUGGAAGAUACAUCAAGGAGGAUUCAAUGCACUGGUUCCACUUGUUAAAGGGAAUAAUGAUUUAAGAAUUAUCUGUGGAACUGAAGAAACUACAAUACAGGUGGUGUACAAACCAUUAGACAUACCCAGGUUUAUUCGUCUAGUUUACAUUACAUGUCUAAAUGAAGAAAAGUUUCAGGGGCCAAAGGACAUGGAACGAUCCCCAAACACUGCAGUUCGGAAGAUCCAAACUGGAGCCCUAGUUUUACAGACAUUUAUGGCAGAGACACUAGCAGCAGAAGGAUUGGGCCGACGCACUUUUCGUUUUGAAAUAGACACUGAAGGAAAUCCAAUAGUUCAUGUUAUUCAGUUGCCUUUGACUAUACGGGAAGCACACAAAUUCACAGAGGAGCGGUUGUGGGAAACUUCAGCUCUGCAUAUUUUGUCUUCUCACCUAUCAGACAAAAAUUGCAAGUAUGUGGCAUUCUUUGGUGGCACCAGGUUCUCAAACCCUGACAAGAUAUCUCUCAAGAAUGAGACAGAAAUCAUGGCCCUUACUAAAGGCCAAGUGUCACUUGGCGGUGGUGGGCUGGCUUUGGUUGGUACCGGAGCACUGUACUCGUGGGCGACCGAGGUGGAUGAAGUAAUGGAUGCUAUGCGGGAUACUGAACCUGUUGAUACAACAUCAUUAAUGGAUUUUAGUGGUGGAAGAGGUACAUGGGGAGCAUGUUAUGGCACACACCUGGGCUCUGUGCUGCAUGAGCUGGCACACACCCUCGACCUGGGCCACACUCCUCAUGGCAUCAUGGCUCGAGGGUUUGAGGAUCUGCACGUUUUCUUCACAACAACUAAGCUCACAUCAGAUUACCUUCCACAGUCGCCACAUCACAGUUCAAUUAUGAGGCAGUCUAUGUCAAGUUCAUUGAUCAAAGAGUCUGUUACCUUCACAACUGAUUUUGUGCGAAGAAUCCCAUUGGACAACAUCAAUAUGACUGUUGAACCUCCCAAAGAACCUUUAGCAUCAAGUGGGGUCUACAGCCCUCCGAUUCUCACCAGAAGAUGUCCAACAAAGUUGAACAAUUCUAACUCUGAAUCUAUCUCGCCCUUGACAAUAGAAGAAUCGUUGUCUCCUUCUCGAACGCAUAAGAAUGCAUGUAGUCGCACACUUCUCAAUGCACCGUCUCCAAAUAUAACAAGCAGUCUUAACAACAACAACAAACUAAUGGAGAAUGAUGGAAGCAAGUGUCGAGCAUUCUGGGCAAGGUCAAGUGCUGUAUUAUUGGCAUUUCAUAAGUGGCUCAACGUUGUGACUGAUGGAGAUGCUCCUGAAUUGAAAGGCGUAACUGGCCAUGCCUUAAAAGUUGGCUGUAGUCCAGCUAUGUCAGUGGUGUGCAGCACAGCCGGGAUUCGUAUUGUGGAGUUACGAGACCUUCACACCAUGGCCUUCCAUCACUGGGAGUUUGUCACACGUCCACCGCCACCAGUCCUCCAUCUUCCAUGGGCACAAGUACCUCACUGGCCAUCAGACACGCACAUUGAGGUGGUGGCAGAGGAUAGUCAGGGUAACUUACUUAAAGGCUGCUUUAUGCCGAGGCCACUCUAAGCUGCUUAGCCCAUGCUUAGUUAUGGCCUCAUAGGGUUAGUAAGUUUGUGUGGAUUUGAGAAUGCUUUUUAUUAUAUCUUGAUCAAUUAUUAUAUAUAAGUAAAUUAUAUUUUGUUAUCCACACAGACCUCCUUAAAAUUGCAAAUAUGAUAAAAAGUAUUCUGCAAUAUAUAUUCGAAGCAUAUGCAUAUAAAUUAAGUCGAACAUAAGAUACCAUUUACAUUUGGUGUGGAAGUCUUUAUGCAGCUGCUUUCAUAAAAAUGGAGUGGUCCAUUAAUAAGUCUUACUAAACGUGCAAGGUGGUACCUUCAUUAUUCAUAAGCCUUAGUAAGAUCUGCAAGAAGUAAACAUGUCUUGCAGCUUCUCAAGGAAAGUGCCAUGAUGUGCUGUACCCAAUACUUUGGCUUGUGCUUUAAGCAGCCUAUAACAACAAUUUUCUGAAUAUCUUUAUCCACAUUUACGACAAAUUUCUUUUCUACUUUAUUAUUAUUAUUAUUAUACCUAAUUUUGGAGUUAACCAAUUUUCUUUAGGAAAACAAAGGGAUGUAAUAUGCUCUUUCCUAUUACCACUUCCAGCAUACUUUUAUGCAACUGAUAUUUUUUGCUGGUUAUUAUUUAACAUUUUAGUUUACAGUGUUAGCAUUAGUGACUAAUAUAUAUAUAUACACACCAAUAAAAUAGCAGAAGCUUUGUGAGCACAUACAUUAUACAUCACAAAGUUAGCCCUCAAUAUUUCUACAUAGUAUCAGUGAGGGUUGCAAGGGUUUGGGCCUAUUUUCUUUAGGCUUGUAUCAGUCAGCAACAAAUAACACUGAAUUUCUUAAAGAUCUGAGGUUUAUCCAUUACAUAUAGGCUGUGAAUCAUUGCAAACUCCAGCAUUCUGCAUCUUACAAUGUUUCUUGCAAUCUCAUUAAUUAUACAUGUUGCUUAAUUUCAGCAAUGGCUGGUUAGCAUUUGUAACUACUGGUUUGUCAGGCAUAUGUUAAAUUACCUUGAGCAGCUAGGUUAUCAAAUAAGAACCGUGUACAUACAAAAAGGGAUUUUAUUUGAUUUAAAGAAUAUACCUUGUAUUUUAUUUUUAUUGAAAGUUGAUCUCAUACCUGAAUAUGUUACAUAUGCAGUGUUUAAAUUGCAGUUCUUAUAUAGAAAUUGGAUUGUUUAUAUUCUGUGGCUGUGGCUGUAAAUCAUCAGAUUUAUUAGCAAUAUAAUUCGUAGUAAUUCUGUAAUAUAGAUAUUAUGUACAUUAAUAGCAUUGUAUAAAUUUGUUUGUACUGUAUAUACUUAUGUAAGUAGAUAUUUGCUCAAUAGAACCUUAGUAUCAAUAAGUUCACAUAUCUAACUCACCGAUGCAAGAAUAUCAAAUUAGUUUUAUUGGUUGCGCAAAGGGUAAGCAUAUUUUUGUUUGUUUUUUAAUAAUGAAGUGUGAUCUUUCUUUAGUAUUAUUUUAUCUCUUUAGUAUUGUUUCAUAUUUUUGGUUCUGGUUUAUGCAAUUCUGCUAAGCAUCCAAUUAGAUCCCCCCAAAAAUACAUUGUCCGAGUUUCUUAUGCAUACAGGGGUCUUUCCUUGUUCAGUAAUUUUUGUUAGUUCUCUUGAUGUUUUGAUGUAUAUAAUGACUCUAAUUUUCCUCCUUGAUUUAUCCUUUUAAAUGAUAUAAUUAUCAUUUUUGUCAUAGUAAAUCAGUGCCUCUAAACAAA